AUUAGCAUCUCAAUUUUGUUGUUGUGGGAGCUCUCUUCUGUUUCGUUGGUUUCUAGGCCGGGGGGUGUCAACGUAUUGCCAUUCAGGUGAGGCCCACCUUUUCAGUGACAGACGCCCCCCACAUAUACAUAUACUGACCCCGAAGACCAAGUCUCUUUAUUUUUUGGAGUAACGUAAUCGGCGCAUCACGGUGUACUUCUUGCCUGGACAAUGGCUGACUGGCGAAUGCCUGGACCCUAUUACGCGUAUGCGUACAGCCUUCUGUACCCCGAUCAGAACUACUGGGCCAAUGCCGACGGGGAGCCGAUGAUGCCGCAGAUGGUGCCGCCGAUGCUAAAUAUGGCGAGUUACUCGGAGCCGCCGCCAGUAUAUCCUCCUGUCCAGGUAGACAGUAGAAGCGACAAGGACUCCGCUAGUCCAGACUCCUGUUCUGCCGGCGACUCCGAUAUCUUGUCCGAGGGUCAGGAGUUACCCGGAAGCGCCAGACUUCAGGCGUUGGGUAGCCCUGUGGCAGGUGAACCCGUGUCCAGUACACUGGGGGACAACGACGGGAACCGGGAGGUUGCUACGCCAGAUCGAAACAACUUUGAUGCUACUGCGAACGUAAAGGCGAAGAAACGCAAAUUGCGCACCGCUUUCUCGCAAGAGCAAAUGGAAGCUCUUCGGCAACGUUUUCAAGUGCAGAAGUAUCUAACGCCAGUAGAAAUGAAGACUCUGGCGACGAUGAUCGGGCUCACCUAUAAACAGAUAAAGACUUGGUUCCAGAACCGAAGAAUGAAGAUGAAGCGUUACCAAAAGGAGAACUCUGGCCCAGAAGUUUGCUUUCCAGUCAUGCCAACCACCGCACCAGCAAAAUGGCAAGGGUUGCAUUCGCAAGGAUACUAUCUACGUAGACCUCAAGGUGAAGAUGCAGAAUAUCCAAAGCAGAACAGUUCAACUGCGCCAGUGCCUGCUUUGUAUCCACCACCUCAACACACUUAUCAGCACCACCCACCUCUGCCUGAUCCUGAAUACUGUGACAAAGUCUUGAGUAAGGAAUUAAGCAUCAAAAGUGAGGAAGAAUGGCAACGACACCCUGCAGGCAUGGCAGUUCCAAUGCGUUUUGAUUACUGCGGAAGCCUUUCCACUAUAGCUCAAGGACAGCCUCAGCCACUACCGCCAUAUGAGGAACAAAUCUCUGCAGCAGGACCUCAAAUGGUGCAGAUGGGUAGUCAGUAUGCGGGCUGCCACUAUGCACUUGAACAAUAUAUGUGCAGAAAGAACAGUGUUUCUUAA